AUGGAAGUGCCUCCAGAACACUGUCCGGGCGUGGAGUCGGCCGAUGCGGGCAAAGCGGACGCCUGUGCCGGCUGUCCAAACCGUGGGAUCUGCUCUUCGGGUGACCUCCAGACCGGACCCGACCCUAAAGUGGCCGAAAUCGCGGCCAAACUUAUGAACGUUAAGCACAUUGUGUUAGUCAUGUCCGGGAAGGGAGGGGUCGGCAAGAGUACGGUCUCCUCAUUGUUGGCCCGAUAUCUGGCCACCGAUAAGACCGUUAACGUCGGUCUACUCGAUGUCGACAUUUGCGGGCCGUCUAUACCGAAGACAAUGGGUGUUGAGGGCGAAGAAGUGCACCAAUCGAUGUCCGGCUGGUCGCCGAUCUACGUGUCCGACAACCUGUCGGUCAUGUCCUGCGGUUUCCUCUUGAAUUCGGCGGACGACGCGGUCAUAUGGCGCGGACCCAAGAAGAAUACCAUAAUCAAGCAGUUCUUGGCUGAUGUCGAUUGGGAUCGACUCGACUAUCUGGUUGUGGACACACCUCCGGGCACUUCCGAC